AUGUCUAGUCUCUUUGGGUCUUCGAGCUCGGGCGUUCCAUCUCCGCCAGAUAUGGCUACAAGAAAGGAAGCCUUGAUGAACGCUGUCCGAAGCGAGAACGCGCUCGCGAAUGCUCAGGAGCUGAUGAACAAAACGAAUGAAAAAUGCUAUGCGAAAUGCGUCACAAAACCAUCGACGUCACUGUCAGGCUCAGAGGAGACGUGCCUUUCACGAUGCAUGGACCGCUACAUGGAAGCUUUCAACAUCGUAAGCAGGUCGUAUAUUGCACGUAUAAGCCGAGAGCGUCUUGAGCGUCCAUCGGACUGA